AUGAAUUACGGCUCGGACCACUACUCUCCUUCAUCAUCAUACAGAAAAAUGUUCGGAGAAGCGCCUCGUUUUUCAGCUGCGACCUCCAGAAAUUCCAUGUCUUCCAGCGGCUUCAGGUCGCAGGCCGUCUCGCGUGCGUCCUCGCUGGGUUACAGAAGGUCGGGACGCUCCUCUUCUUACUCGCCGGUGCCCAGCGACAGCAUGGAUGUAACUCAGACCUCAGUCAUCACGAGCGAGUUGAAGAUCAUACGAACAAAUGAAAAGGAACAGCUGCAGGGUCUCAACGACCGCUUCGCGAUGUUCAUCGAGAAGGUUCGCACCUUGGAGCAGCAGAACAAGGUGCUGGAGACGGAGUUGGUGGGUUUGCGCCAGAGGCACCACGAGCCGUCGCGCCUCGGGGAGCUCUACCAGCAGGAGAUGCGAGAUUUACGCAGCCAGAUAGACGAGUUGAACACCGAGAAGUCUCAUAUCCUGAUAGAACGGGACAACAUCGAGGACGACUUGCAAAAACUCAGAGCCAAGUAUGAGGACGAGAUCAGGGCGAGAGAGGAGGCAGAGCAUGCGCUGAAAGUGUACAGAAAAGACGUAGACGACGCAACUUUGGUGCGCCUGGAUUUGGAGAGGAAAGUGGAAACUCUUUUGGACGAGAUCAACUUUCUGAAGAAGGUUCACGACGAGGAGGUGUCAGAGUUGACGGGCAUGAUGAGCGCUGCCCAAGUCUCCGUCGAGAUGGACAUGUCAAAGCCCGAUCUGAGUUCUGCUUUGAAAGAGAUACGAAGCCAGUAUGAGUCCAUGGCGUCAAAGAACCUCCAGUCCGCCGAAGAAUGGUAUAAGAACAAGUUUGCCAAUUUGAAUGAGCAGGCCGCGAGGACCAACGAGGCUAUACGCGCCAACAGAGAGGAGAUAAGCGAUUACAGACGACAGGUACAGAGUAAGACUAUUGAAAUAGAAACACUGAGGGGGACCAACGAAUCAUUGGAACGUCAGAUUCGUGAGAUGGAAGACUCGCAUAAUAUCGACCUCGCCGGAUACCAGGAAACGAUUGGGCAGCUUGAAAAUGAGCUUAGAGGAACGAAGAGCGAGAUGGCGCGUCACCUGAGGGAAUACCAGGACCUGCUGAAUGUAAAAAUGGCCUUGGAUAUUGAAAUCGCAGCAUACAGGAAACUGCUGGAGGGCGAGGAGAGCCACUUCGGCACUGGCCUGAGCUACCUGGUCCCCAACCAAGGAGCCCCCAGCAGCCUAUUGAACUUCGGCUACCACUCCCCCUCCCCGCGCCCCCACAGCAGCGGCUCCUCCCGGAACUCCAGGAGGGAGAAGGAGGAGGACGGACAGGGCCAGGCCAAGUCUAGCAAGGCGGCCGCCACACAGAGAGAAGCCUUCCAGGAGAUCACGGAGGAGACUGUGGAGAAGGGGGACACCACGGACGUCAACUCCAAUUAGACCACCAGUGUCCUUUCUCACCUACUGUA